AUGUGCACAUUCAUCUUCGUGCUUCACCUCUUGCAGGCGAAUGAUCAUAUCAUCUACGCCGAAGACUUCUUCGAUCCGGAGACCUUCGCGGCCAUCAAGGCAGAGACCGACAGAUUAUGGCGGUCUGAAGAUAUCGAGGCGAAUUGCAAUUUGGACGGCACCAACAGACUUGGAGGCUACGUCCUUGACCACUUCCCUCGAAACUCCAGCCUUUACCGCUUGAUCUACGGCAAUGACCCUUUCCGACAAUGGGUUUCGGCCGUGAAUGCCGAGGGACCCAUGUGGCCGUCCGAUUUCCCAAUCGAAGUCCGUGAGUAUGGGAGGCAAAGCAGAGGAAUGGGAUGCCAUCCGGACUUGCAGAUGUACAAGGUGCCUCGCAAAGACCUGGAGUUCGCCUUCACAGUAGACAACGACUCGCGUUGCAACGUCAGCUUCUGGGACGCGGCGGGCAAGUUGCAUCUUGUCCAAACCAAGCCGAAUUCCGUCAUGAUGGUGGGCGUAAAUGCAGCGACGCAUUGUGUCUCAUCAACAGAUGGUGGAACGCGCACGAUCUUGAAGUUUAUAUAU